GUAUUUCGCAUUUGACAUUUUUGUUAAGUAGGUAGUCAGUUGAAGAGCACAGAGUACUUAUUAUUAGUGAAUUAGUGUCAUUGGCUAGGUGGUGGUUCUUAAAAUCAGAAAAAUGUUUAUGUGACUAUAUAAAUGAGAAACAUUUUUAGGAAGCCCUAUAAGUCAAAAAGUUAAGAGAAAUUCCUUACAGGCUCUUCUGUGUUAGUUUUGUAGUAUUUAAUUUUGUAGUCGACAAUUCGGAAUAAUUAUUGAUGCGAAUUAAUAUCUACAAUAAAACAUCGACGCGCGUUGAACUUUCGGUCUCGUUUUUAGCAUAUGUGUUUUUUAUUUCCAAUGUAUGGAUGUCUAAAUUUUAAUAAUAUACCAAGGACAUGUUCAUAAUAAAUCUUCAUCAGGCAAGAUAUUUGACAAUUUGUGCGGGCUUUGGAUCAUGCUCUAUUAUUGGCAAUGAACACUUGACCGCAACAUGGAACACCAAGAUGGAUGGAGUGGUGGAGAAACGACUGCAGCUGAGAAUAUUACCGAGCGCUCGCAGACCGAUCGGGAUCGCGUACGAAUUGAAUUCUAUGCUACCUACGACGUCAUGACCGGCGUGCGUAUAGCCGCUACCCUUGGCGGCUUUUUUGCACUAAUGGUCUUUUUAAUCGUUUAUAAGAGCCGGAGUAAAUCUGUGAAAGCUCUGAAUGAUCCAAAAAUCGUAGAAUUAGCCGAAGCGGUUGUGGCUGAAGAGCAAGCUGUAGAGGAAGAAAGGCAAUUGACGGCAGCUUUAGAGGAAGCGCGUUCGGAGCGAGCUCGUUCUCGCCCGUCGAUAGGAGAAAUGCCGCUGUGGACGAGAACUGCGCGGUUUGCUUCCUAUGGUGGAGGUUAUGGUAGCUUAUUAGCACCACCUCGGAGACUUUCAACUUUACGCGGUGAUUCGCUUCCCGGUUCAGCGCUAAGGUUUAGUGAAAGACGAGCCUCGGGAGGGCCUCGUGAUAGGCGAUUAAGCUCGGCUACAUGUUCGAGUUCAGGGAGUUCCUAUUUGGAAAGACGUGGUUCAUCAGUAGUGUGCUCUUUACCGGAACGCCGGUUGUCACCCUGUCCUAGUGAACGGCUCGCGCCGCUGGCAUCGGUCGGUAGCGUGGGUCCGUCGUUUGUGGUGGAAUGUGACCUUGCAUCAGUAGGUGCGGAUUCUGUAUUUGCAGAAGACGAUGCGGACUCUACAGAUGAUGAAGUGGAGCAGUUUUCGACUGAUAGCGGAGGGCCUGAAGCCGGCACGUCCGAGUGCACGGAACUCACAAGUCGGCCGGUACUCCCCAUGCGUAUCGAUCGCGCUUCGCACUCUCGUGAAACGUUAUUCUAGUCGCCGGCGCUUUUCGCUGGAUGUUAUAUGUUAUUUAAAUGUUGAGAUGUCGACUUUUUCGUAUUAAUAUAUUUUUUAUAUAAAUAGAAACAUAUCGAUGUCAGAAUUAUUUGACAUAUCUAUAUUAAUUCACGAUGCCAAACUCUUGUUUAAAUAUUUUUUAUAUAUAAGGCUAAAAAUCUUUUUAUUACUCCGUUAUGCGAACAAAUAUACUGCUUGUGCCUCCGUUUAAUAUAUUUUCACUAAAGUCACGAUUUUCCAACGUAAAUAUGAAACUAUUAAUACGAAUGCGUCGAUAUUUUGAUGUUAAUUGUAUUGUGUAAAUAAUUUGUUUUGUUAAUAAAUUCAUGUAUCGCAAUGUUAAUGUUUCAGAUCAUGAUAGAUUUUUUUCGCGAAUUGAAUUCGGUUCGCGGCAAUUAGUUUAAAAAUAUCUGAAACUGAAUAUCGAAGCUUACUAGUCAAACUCUGAUGCUUUAUAUGUUACCUAGUAUAUAGAAUUAUAUGUACUUAAAAGUAUUAUUUUCAAAUCGGUACUCAUUUUCUAUGAAAUGGCCAAAGAUACGAGAAGACGUAUAUUUUUUGCGAAUAUUAUUUUCUACACGAAACAGGCUUCUCAUAAAACCAUAAAAUAUUUCGAGAGUAUGAAUAUUUCAAAUAAAAAGAGAAUUUUUAAAUGACCGGCGUGAUAGCAAUGUCUUUUUGUUAAAUUUUUCUAUUUCAUUGUUGUUCGUGGGGUUUCGAUACAAAACUGGUAAUGUCACCAACUAGUGUUCUUUUUUAAAAAAUAUUAGAUAAAGUAAUGAUCUGCCGAAUUAGUCUUUAAAAGGCGCAUUAAUAUACUUAAUUGUAAUGAUUAGUGUCAGACCAGGUUUGUUUUUAUUUAUUAAUUUAUUUUCUAUUUAAUACUAAAAUAACAAUAUGUGUUCAUUUAAAAAGUUAUAUACGAAACGUUUUGAACGAACGUGAACGAACGUGAAUCGUUACGGGCUGGUUUCAGUUGGUUCAAUAUAAAUUUUACUUUUUGGGAAGCAGCACCUACGUUUCAUUUGUGUGACCUGAAUCGCAACCGAGUCGCAAACUAUUUCCAUACGGUCCUGCUGCAUGAAAGCAGUCUAAUACAUUGUCGAAUAUGACCCAAGUUUACUUUUCAUUUGAAUGCAAAUUUUCUUAAAUUUGAUUAACAUUUUGAAACACGCACAAGGUAACAUAAUCUUAAAUAGUUUAUUUACUUUUCGGACAAUAAAAUUACAUUUAAAAUAUCUGAUUAGUUUUCUUGAUAGACGAGACGCAGCUUCGCGCUGGUGCAAUUACUUUCUUGAAAAAAAAAAUGGCCGUAAAACAUAGGACAUAUAAAUUUAGCUCGACUGGGUAGGUACCACCCACUCAUCAUAUAUUAUACUGCCACACGGCAGUACUUAGUUUUGUUGUGUUCCGAUUGGUAGGGUGAGUGAGCCAGUGUAACUACAGGCACAAGGUACAUAACAUCUUUGCUCUCAAGGUUGGUGGCACAUCGGCGAUGUAAGGACGGGUUUAUAAUUUUACAGCUCCAAUGUUCAUGGGUGGUGGUGACCACUUACCAUCAUCUGUCCCAUUAAACUAUGUUGUAAAUAAAAAAUGUAUAGGUAAAAGACCUACAGUCCGAUAUAGGCGUUCUCUCGUCUUGUGGUGAAGGAUAGGAUCUCAUUUCGCAAAAAUACUUCAAUGCGGGUCGGUGAAUGUGGUUACACAUAUGGCAGUUUAUUUGGUUAAGAGAAAUAUGUUCUCACUAUGAGAACAUCAAGGCUCUUAAAUCAUUAAUAUUUAAUUUUCCAAUCGAACCAUUCACCUACACCUAUUAAACUAUUCACUUACCGCUAAUAUAUUGUAACGUAAGCGUUGCAUUGUUUUUAUUAUUCUUUCAUUCAAACAUCGUUUUAUCUGAAACUAGUAAUAUAAAUUAUAAUGUUCAAAGGAAAAAGUUUAUAUCUGUGAAAAGGUUUGAAUUACUUUGUUUUAAGGAAAAAACACUAUGAUGAUUAAUAUUUUGAACAAACAAAAUAUCAGCUAACGUUAUUAGCAGCACUUGGACUUGUCUGUCAUAUUAUUUAUGUUUAUUAAAAUAUACCUCUUGAUUUUAAAUUAGCAAUGAAAAAAUCUAAAUGUCGCUCAAAGCUUUUGCGAUUAUAAUAAUAAAUACUUUCUUAAAAUAUUUUUUUAAAUUUGAAACAAAGAAUUAGAGUACCUAUCAGAAAAAAAGGAUAGGUAUAUGCCCUAUGUAAAGCUUUCCUUGUAUUAAAUUUUCACGUAAGUUACAAUAUUUAAGAGUCCGAUUGAAAUGUUGAUAAUAUUGAUGUACAGUCCGUAAUGAAUCCAAUAUUCUUUUUUUAAAACUUAAAUAGUAUAAUAGUUGGAAGACGUAUUAAUUCGUUGAGUAGCGCGCUGGGUUGAGAAUCCUAUACCUCAAUAAGAAAAGUAACAUUUUGUAAUUGUAAAAUAGUCGUGUAAAAUGUUAUGUUAUAGACGGGUAAAAUUGUAUAAUGAUAACGCUUGAGUAAUAAAGCUAUCGUCACUAUAUGGUGUAGAUCUUAGAAAGGAAUGUUUUUUUAUCAUUAUAGGUUGUUAUAAAAUUUGUAAGCGAAUGUUAAAAUGAAUGUUACCUAUUGCUGUUUGUGUAGAAGGCUAAUAUAAAAAAAGAGAUUUGUCUUAGUAAUAAAAUUAUGGCUUCUUGGUAAAAAAAUAUGCCAAAACACAAGUGUGAUAUCGGUCGUGUUAGCGAGUAGUUUUGGAAGGUUUGUUAAAAAGGCAAAGUUAAAAUUUAUUGCAUAUUUGAACUAUUUUGGACUAUAAGCAAAACUCGAAACUUAUUUCCACAGAGGAAAAUAACUUUGAAAACAGGGAUUUUUACUCUGCCUGCUAAAUUAUUCAUAUUAUUUUUAAUGUAUAGUAAUCGACAGUUGUUGACAGCUUUUAGAUGAGUCGUUUUUAUUAACUAUGUAUCUGAUGCAAUAUGUAUGUAUGUAUAUCUGAAAAAUCCACGAACUUUUCAUGGCAUUUUAAACUGUAGAUAGUACUAACUCGGUAGGGUAGUCGUCAAGUCAAUUUUAAAUUGUAUAUUUGUACUAUAGUGUUUGAAUCAUCCCUUACACACUAAAAGGGCACACGAGAAAAUUCGUCCUUCGAACAAUAACUAUUAAUGGGAGGGGCGGCCUAAUAAAUUACUGCUUGUACCUACGGAUACACUACGAAUAUCACUUGUCAAGGAUACUGCCACUGUUCUCUCGUUUAGUAACAAUGUAAUACGCACACCGGGGUUUUAUUGAUUCUAGUGUGCCGAUCCCGUCUACCGCGGGCCCAGUAGAUCAACUAACACAGAUCGUUUUUAUUACGAAUUAGAUUUACGUGUUAGUUUAUGUAACUGUUCGUUGCUCGAAUUAAAAAGAGCUCCCAGUAGCCUGUAAAAUGUUGAAAUGUAUGUAAAAAAUAUUGUAAAUAUAAAACACAACUCAA